AUCGAUAGUGUUUUGACUCGAUGCCCUCUUCACUUGUUUAUUUCCAUUUCCCUAUUCCGCGACAGUUAAGUGUGAACAGUCAACAGUGAACAGUCUCUCGUCGACCCGUCAGUUACUUCCAGGCAAGAAGAUAGUCGAGUGUCUCUUUUUAAACAGUCGGUCACAUGUGCCAACGUUCAGUUUCUCCAAUCAUCCAGUGAUUCGAGGAAGAAAUAAUGGGAUCUUUAACGUUGGUGAAGCUGCUGCUUUGCCAGUUGGUCGCUUUGUCGGCUGCGAGGCUUUCCGGUCUGUACAUAGACAACGGGAUCGACCAGACUCUGAUCCAGAGGGUGCUGACCCGGCAGGAAAAACGGGAGGUGCAGCAUGAGAUCCUGAACCUGCUGGGACUCCCGGACCGGCCUCGUCCUUCGGGAAACAGGAUCGACCGCGGCUCGGCGUCUAUGUUCCUCUUAGACGUCUACAAGUCUCUACUCGACUCGGCCUCUGAGACGAAGACCAGCGGCAGCCAGUUCAACAUCAGCGACAACGACCUCCAGGCCAUCGACGAAAGCGAUGUCAUCAUGAGCUUCACGAGUAGGCAUCAAGAUUUACCAAAUAUGAGGCAUGAAAAAGGAAAACGGCUCUUAUUUGAUGUGUCUGAAGUCUCGCCAAGCCAGACGAUAAUGGGGGCUGAGCUCAGGCUUUACCAAAGUUCUAAUUACACAAUUAAAAGUGAUAAUCUAUUUACUGUGUCAGUUUACAUGGUUCUCUCGGAAAAAGAAAACAAAAAUUCACUGGAGUUUGUCGAUUCUGUAAAUACGACUUACGACAAUGAAGGUUGGCUUAUAUUCAAUGUGACUGGUGUGUUCACCAACUGGGUAGCCUUCCCAGAUUCAAACAAAGGACUUUAUUUGAGAAUAUACCCACAUGAUUCUCCAGGUAAUAUAAUCCAUGCAGAAAAGCUUGGAAUCACAACUUUACCAGGGAACAAAGACAACAACGAAAUAGACAAACAGCCAUUUAUGGUAGCAUUUCUCCAAGGCGGUACGGAAAGCAAACAGAGAGUCAAGAGGCAAGUGAAAAAUCGAAAAAAGAAGGCAGACCAGUCUGAAAAUCCUUAUAGCCGUAGUCCUCUUUUAGAACCACCUCAUAUAUGGCAGCAUAGUCAGAGGAGCUGUCAAAUUCAGACACUUUACGUCAGCUUUCGUGACCUCGAAUGGCAGGAUUGGAUAAUUGCACCUGAUGGCUAUGGCGCAUUUUAUUGUAGCGGUGAAUGCAAUUUCCCUUUAAACGCCCACAUGAACGCUACAAAUCAUGCUAUCGUUCAGACGCUCGUUCACCUGAUUAACCCGCUCCAAGUUCCAAAGCCAUGCUGCGCUCCGACCAAGUUGACGCCGAUAUCUGUGCUGUACUAUGUCGAUGAUUCAAAUGUGCUGCUUAAAAAAUAUAAAAACAUGGUCGUUAAGAGUUGUGGGUGUCAUUAAACAGUAACUUGCCUUAGUGCCUUGUAUGUUGUGAUAAUCUCAAAAUGAAGACUUACCUAUUUUUUAUUGAGCAUGUACUCUUUUAAAAACAUUUUUUUUAAUAACCUGUGCCAUGCUUUUAUAUUAUGAAAUAUUUGUUUACUGUGAUAGCUUUACAACUAAUUUUAAAUGUUUUACUUAAAUAUUGAGGAAAUCUUUGUAUUAAAUUUGAACAAAA